UCCUCUUCCCCCAUGCUCUAUGCGGCGCUCGGGCCGCUGCGGGAGUUUCGUUUCCUGCUCUUCGCCAUGAUGAACAAAUGAACUCGCGGGGAAUGAAAUUUAAAUUCCAAAAAGGGGAGAAAGUGCUGUGUUUUGAACCAGACCCUACCAAGGCUAAAGUGUUGUACGAUGCCAAGGUUGUUGAUGUUGUUGUUGGCAAAGAUGACAAAGGCAGAAAAAAUCCUGAGUAUCUGAUCCACUUUAAUGGUUGGAAUCGUAGCUGGGAUAGGUGGGCAGCAGAAGACCAUGUUCUUCGUGACACUGAUGAAAACCGGCGAUUACAAAGAAAGCUGGCAAGGAAAGCCGUAGCUCGC